UUUGGUCAUGGUAAAAGCGAAAAGUUACACAAGCGAACCACCCAGGAUUUUGUAACAUAAGCAUUUGAGAUUGACUCUGAAUUACCAAAGGCGUCAGAUCUUCUGAGUUGCACACCAGCUUUUCAGACAUUCUGGAUAAUCCAUCGAGUCAGGCUGGACCGUUUUUGUCUUUACAUCUCAUUACGCAAAAGCAUCAAAUACGGUUACUUUUCUGAAAUAAGGAGAUUCUGUCAAAGUAUUUCACUGGAUGAAAUUAUAUCCAAAAGCUAACCAGACGGACAGAUUCAGAUUAUCUUCUCUGGCGAAACGUAUCUCAUUUUCUUUUCUGAUCUUAAGCGCGCGUCUUUUUGAAGCUCGGAUUCAGCCGCGUAUUUGGCUACAUUGACUUGGAACUAAGAAGACAUGGAGUUGACUUCGGUCAUCUUGACGACGGGUGGCUCGGCCUGCUUCUUUAAAUUAGUAAACUGUGGAAUUAGCAAACUCUCUAUGCCAGAGAGUGCAUGUAGAAACGCGUGGAAAUGGAGAAACAUCUCCACCUCUUUCUUUCACAGCCUCAUAACAGGGAUAUGGGCUGUACUUUGCUUUUACUUGCACCCGCGGAUGGCAGAAGACUUGAUUGCAACCUAUUCCGUUUUCUCCCAUGCUCUGGUAUCUGUAUCAAUUGGUUAUUUCAUCUAUGACUUCUUUGACAUGGUCCUAAACCAAAAACUCAGCCAGUCAUGGGAGCUCCUUUUCCAUCACUGUGUGGUGAUCACCUGUUUUGGGAUCUCUGUGUUCAGCUGCCGCUACGUGGGCUUUGCGGUGGUGGCCCUGCUGGUGGAGAUCAACUCUGUCUUCCUGCACCUGCGCCAGGUGCUUCGCAUGGCCAACCUGGCCAAGACCACCGCCUACCGGGUCAACAGCAUGCUCAAUCUGGCCACCUAUAUGGUCUUCCGCAUCGCCACGCUGGCGUGGAUGACCCGCUGGCUGGUGCUCAACCGCGACAACGUGCCCCUGGUCAGCUACACCGUGGGCAGCGUGGGCCUGGCAAUCAUGACCGCCAUGAACAUCGUGCUCUUCUACCGUCUCACACACAGUGACUUCCUCAAGGGCAGCCGCGAGGGAAAGAAGGAGAAGGAGACAUAGGAGGAUGUGGGUGGUGGUGGUAGUAGCAGUGGUGGUGAUAUGGCGCCAUCUAGUGGCCGUGUCUACCAGGUGCCUGCUUUUACCCAUCCAGCGCUGUACAAAUCGUCCCUCCCUCCCUCCCAGGCGUCCCCUACCUACCUCCCAUUCCAUCCCUCCAAGAACCCUCAGCAGUUACAUGACAGAUGACAAGUCAUCUAGCAGGCUUGGAGCCUCUCCCAAAUCAUGUUUGAUGCUUCUGCCUGCCCUGUCAUCUUGAAGGAAUUAAUGAACAGCUCGUUAAGGGGUCUAUACCAUGGUGUGGGAUGGACUCUAAUGAGCAUUUAAACCAUUCAUGUCUUAAAAGAAAUGAGGUAAAGUCAGCAGUAAAAAACAAGUCAAUUCUUAGUCCUGUUGCCUUGAAUACACCUGUAAUGAAUGGUUCACUGACAGCUCUUACUGAAAUUAACACUAUAUGAAAUGAAUAGAUAUUAUUUGGUUCAGUGCCUACAUAUUGCUUAUUCCCCCUGCCAUUUCCCUUCACUGAAAACUUUACAUGAAUUAUACUCAAAUACACAUUAUUUUACUUUAAUGAUUCAAUUCAAUUUAAAUUUAAAUACUACCAAUCCCCUUAAGUACUUACAUCUGCUACCUCAAACACAUGUAGCAACUGCUUUUCCAUUUUCCCACACUUUCCUUUUUGUGUAAAAUUCUUUCUUUCUUUCUGAAGACUGUAACCUGUGAGAAUUUCUACAAAAGUAUCUCUCUUUUGGUUUGGCAAUUUGACACAGCCAAUUUUGAAGUGACCACUGGAAACUAGCUGCCUGAUUAUUGAAGUGAUUUGUCUUUGUGCGCUUCCCUGUCUUUGGUCACGCUUGCUCGUCCGUGUGAGAACGGACAACAAUCUGACCAUUGAACCGACAGGCAGAGAAACGGAGAAAUGCCUCCUGUUUCAGAGGUCCUAUUGUGUCGGAAGUUUUUCAAAUCUAAAUGCUGGAGCUGUACUGGUUACCCUAACUAUAGUGGCUAUUAUGGCUACCACUGGAAACUGGAGGAGGUUGUGAUUCUCCCUGCGAUAAUGACCACAAGCGAUGCCAGGUCGUAAAGCUGGACAGCAAGCUAAGCAAAGAAAGAUGAAAGCAGACGUGAUGAUCUUCUGUUAAACAGAUACAGUCUGUAGGUGGCGCCCUCCGUACAUACUAAUACAAAGUGACCUCAUAACAGUCUCAGCCAAGAUAUCUGUGGCCAUGCAGUAGACCUAAUGCCUAAUGUGCUCUGAAAAUUUUGUAACAAUGCUUUUUUGACUUUUUUUUACAUGCGUAAUUUAUUUGAACUUGAGUGAAAGUUUGUGGUAAUAUAUUAGAUAGAAUAAAUUGACAUAAAUUGUCCUUUUAAACACCUAAAUGACAGUGAGAAAUAAUGUUAUUUCUUGUGUUGUUAAGAUGUAAAGUGUGAAGUAAAGAAGUAAAGUACACUUUGAGUGUAUGUGAAUACUUGCAUUGUGUAAUACAGCCAAAGCACUUCUGUCAAUUAAUGGGGGAAAACAGUUCUCUUUUUACAAGACCAACUGUGUCAUUUACCCUGAAGAAAUUUGCCAUUUCCCUACCACUGAGUGACUCCAACAAGCUUUUGUAAUCAAGUGAAGUAGUAGUAAUCUGUUCAAUUAAAAUAUGUCCAUUAGACAAUGAAGUGUUUAAUCUAGUGUUUGAGUCAUUUUAGGAUUUUCAUCCUCUUGAGCAAUUUAUUUGGCAGCUUUAUUUCAAAGUGUUUCUUAUCCUCGUUCUAAAAUGGUAGGAUAUUGUAAUUUCCUUUAUCACAUUGAUCUCUACCUUGCUGUACAUCACAGCUAAAUUGAUAGUUUCAUAUCGUGGAACCAUAGUGAAACAUAGCUAAUACAGACAAUAUUGGUGUACUUGAAUGCUUUGUUUACUUUGAGGAGUUUGACUCGUUCUUUACAGCCAAAGUCGCUCACUAGGGGCAGUCGGCCCACAUUCAGUUCCUAUGGCUGAUCUCUAGUGAUGUCCUGUCGCUUGUGGUUUAUUGUGUUUGUUGUUUUGCUUUGUUUUGUUUUCUUUGCGGGUGACUGUGUGAAACAAAUGCACAAAACAAAAGGUGAAGGCAUUCUGAAUGCGCAAAAGGUUUAGGUCUACAAAGCCAUGAGAGUUAGAACACACUUAUGCUGGUGCUGUUCACUUCCUGGACAGCAACCAGAUAUCAACUGUUAUUUUCAUAGUGGUGUGUGUGUAAAAUGUAAAUAGCAUAAUAAUGUUAUUUUCUUGAUUUGAAUUGUGGUUUUGUAAUUAAUGAAAUCCUGGUUUAAAUUACAUUUUAUGUUAAAUGUAAAAAUAAAAUGUUAUUAACACUG